AUCAUUUGACUACGAAUAUACAGACAUACCUGAAGCUUUUGCUACACCUAACUUUCCUCUAAACCUUUCCCCAUCUCUCAACUCUACAGACAACCACCAUCAAUGGCUUUCACAAGCUCUCUCAGAUCAUCAAUCUCCUCUGCAAAACUAUCCAACCUUGGAUCAACUUCAUCUUCAUCAAUUACCCAGCAGAUUCCGAAACCCUGCAGCCUCUCUUAUCCGCUUUCCUCCUCAAAUGUGAAGAUCUCAACAACCACCCAUCAAGGCUUCUCAGCCGCAGGACCCUCCAGUAGGCUCACCACCAAAGCAUUCUUCUUCGACUGGUUCAAGCCCAAGCCUUAUAGCUCGAGACCCACCAAAGUUCAAGAACUGAGCGUCUACGAGAUGAACGAGGGAGACCGAGGCAGCCCGGCGUACCUCCCACUGAGUCAGAAAACGGUCCACUCGCUGGGCGACCUGGUCCCCUUCAGCAACAAGCUCUACACCGGCGACCUCCAGAAGCGGCUGGGGAUCACGUCAGGGAUAGCCAUCCUCAUCCAGCACGUGCCAGAGAAGAACGGCGACCGGUACGAGGCCAUAUACAGCUUCUACUUCGGGGACUACGGGCACCUAUCGGUCCAGGGCCCGUACCUGACCUACCAGGAAACGUUCCUGGCGGUCACCGGCGGGUCCGGGAUAUUCGAGGGGGCGUACGGCCAGGUGAAGCUGCAGCAGCUUGUGUUCCCCGUCAAGUUGUUCUACACGUUCUACUUGAAGGGUAUUGAGGAUCUGCCCGCGGAGUUGACCCCAAAGCCGGUGGCGCCGUCGAAGUCCGUCGAGGCAUCUCCGGCUGCGAAGGCUACUAAGCCUGAUGCUACUAUCAAGAACUUCACUAACUGACGAGGGUUCGAAAACAAUCCUUCUAGAACCACAAACAUAAAUACAAACACAAACUCUCUACCAAUGAGUUUAUGUUUGUUUUUGUGUAAGGUAUUUGUGGUAGUAGCAUUUUUCGAUGGGAAAAUAUAUGGGAUGUGGGGUUGAAUUUGAGCAGUUCAAUUUUUGGUCUUUAGUCUGAUUUUUUUUCUAAAUUAGCUUAAGUCGGAAUGUUUGUCAGUUGCUGUUCACUUGAAAUAGUUGCAAUGAAUAAAUAUUUUUUUGGGGUUUUGCAAUAA